UAUAAAGAUUGUGUACACACACGCACACACACAUAUAUAUAUGUAUAUAUUUAGAAAGAAAGAUUGUAGAUAACGAUAUAUCGUAAUAGGCUUUAAACAAGUAUUCAGUUUUGAUGAAGAAUGUUGAUAAGUAUGUAAAUGAAUCCGUACGAUCGUUAAUUUUUCUUUAAGAGAAUCUUAAUUCUUUCUUUCUCUAAUCGUUGUUAGAUAAUAAAUAAAAAUCAAAAGAUCGAUCGGAGAUCGAAGGAUUAAAGCUCUUUAGCAUAACGUAGUUUUUGUUUGGCCAUCUCGAGUUACGUGGGAAGUUCGCAAACGUUUAUUCAUUUUUUUAACGAAUCUGUCAGUUUUUUUUAAUAACAAUCAACAAGGAUUGAUUAAUUCAAACGAUCGAGUUUUACAAGUUGCAAUUGAUUUAACAGUAUAUAAAUUUUCACGUACGUAACGACAUAAAAAUUUUUUGGUCGAUUACCAGAUCGAAUUUGAAGGUGAAUGCGAUGAUAGAAGAAGGUCAAUGAGUUGUUUAUACGAAGAAGGUGUUUAUACAGGAUGUAUAUAUAUAUAUAUAUAUAUAUAGAGGGAUGAUAGGAGGGAGGUGUUGAAGUAAAGCGCGUUACGUGACCUUGUUGCGAUAUACUUGAUCUAAUUCGUGUAGGCUCAUUAUGCUACACACGUUACGCAAUUCUCUGGACGUCAUAGAUCAUGUUAUAAUACGUAGACAUCGUACUGGUAACCGCAGUAUCGCAUGCGUCUCGGUUGCGAUCACGUGCACGCGAAGUUUCCAAUAUAGUUUCGAUUUGACCAAAUUGUUUUUUUUUCUUUCUUUUUUCCUCUUCGUUUUUUUUCUUUUUUGAUUUUUCUUAUUUUUCCUAUCUCCCACGUGUGUAACAUCUUUAUCUAUAGAUUAAAUUCCAACGAACGCUAUCUUUAUGUUUGUAUUGAAAUCUUUUUUUAUCAGUUCUUUUUUCUCUCUGCUUUUAUUUUUCUCUUUUUGUACUUUUUUUUUUUUUUACGAAAGAAAUAAUGGUAAAAGAGAAUAGGAAGUCGCGUGCACGUUCACUUUCGUUUGCGACUAUCGUAGCUAACUCCCUGCACAUUGUAUCUCACGGAAGAUGUCGUGAAUUGAAAUCUUUAUUUUCUGUUCUUUAUUUUUCUUUCUCUUUUCUUUUUCUUGUUUUCUUCUUCUCUCUCGCGGACACGAGACGCACGGCUCCGUUUAUAAACGCGAGACUCACGUAAUCGUUGAACAAACGCCAGUUGAGAGCCCUCCUGCGCUCGUCGAUUCACCAACUGCCGUUCAAGAGUUCGUUCCUGACUCUGCCUCCUUCCGAACAUCCCUCUCUUUCUCUCUCCCUCCCAUCCUCUAACGUACGACCUUUCUCUCUCGAUGGGUUACAAUCACUUCUCUCUCUUUCUCUCUUUCUCUCCCUCUCUCUCUUUCUCUCAACUUGUCUCCUUCGGAGAAGACACAGGCUAUUUAUAUCUCUCGUUCUUCCGAUCUUCAAAUUCCGAAAUACCUGGCCCUGACUUUGAAGCGCGAUAAAUGCUCGCCUACGAUCGAUCGCUUCUUUGACUUUAUUACUAUGAUUUCUUCGACCUCUGGUAUAGUCGUACGAGGAUCGAAAAGAUAAUUUUAAAAAUUGCGCAGAAUUUGAGGAAACGUUGGACGAGUCUGGCGGUAAUUAGGAAGGACAAUCACAUUGAUGCGAAUAUUUCGAUUUAUACGAUGACACUUUUAUAGAAUGAUUUAUUGUUUAACAUUUUUUAUAAGUAGCAACGAGGACGUUGAUAUAUGUAUUUGGAAAUAAUAUUAACCGGAUGCGAUGUCAUCGAGCUUCAUGAAAUUUUAAAGAUAGUAACGCGUUUUAGGGUCAAACAAAUACAUUACCUAUGUUAUUUUAAGCACGUCCGCGCGAGAGAAAAGAAGUGCGUCGUUUGAAAUAUAUUUACGAUGGAUAUUUCGUUGCGAGUCUCUACGUUCGAUUCCAUGGCGAACUCGUGAUCGCCUUUUUCACACCGAUCGUGUUCAAUAAGAUGUACUACCUGUUACCGACAAUCUCGGUCAUUCCUUUCAACUUUUGGUAAAUGUUACCUGGACGAUCAUUAGGAAGCCAACUCUAUGUAUACAUAAGGAAAACGUACACACGAUGGAGAGGACGUGGCGGAGUAUACGGAAGACGGCCUUUAUCUUAUUGCUGCCCUUACUAUUGCUAGCCGAUGUAAAAUGCGAGGCACCGCUCGUCGACAGUAGUGCGUUGCCAUUGGAGCACAGAUCGGUGUAUGGUCCACCUGCACAAUAUGGACCACCCACAUCGCACGGAGCAGAGGAGAAUUGGCCUUUGGCUUCGCCGGAUACACCGCAGAUAAAACAUCUACAGGUGCAAUGCGAGAAAACGCAUAUGCGUGUUAACAUCGAGUUCGAUCGACCCUUUUAUGGGAUGAUAUUCAGCAAGGGCUUUUAUUCGGACCCCCAUUGCGUUCAUCUCAAACCAGGGACCGGUCAUUUGAGCGCAACUUUCGAGAUUUUUUUGAAUUCAUGCGGCAUGACAUCAUCCGCCAAUCACAACGUAGCUGCUUAUGGAGCACCUACGCCAUCGGGUAGUUACGUUGAGAACACGAUCAUCGUUCAGUACGAUCGUUACGUUCAAGAAGUUUGGGAUCAGGCCAGGAAACUUCGUUGCACGUGGUACGAUUACUACGAGAAGCAAGUUAAUUUUAGGCCGUUCCAAGUCGACAUGUUGCACGCUGUAACAGCUAACUUCCUUGGAGAUAAUCUACAAUGUUGGAUGCAAAUACAAGUGGGUAAAGGACCAUGGGCUAGCGAGGUUUCGGGUAUCGUUAAGAUCGGACAAACCAUGACCAUGGUACUUGCUAUCAAGGACGUAGAAAAUAAGUUCGAUAUGCUGGUCAGAAACUGUGUUGCCCAUGACGGCAAGAGAGCACCGAUUCAGCUGGUCGAUCAGUACGGCUGCGUCGUCAGGCCAAAGAUCAUGUCCAGGUUCCAUAAAGUGAAGAACUUCGGGCCGAGUGCUUCCGUCGUUAGUUUCGCUUAUUUCCAAGCCUUCAAAUUCCCCGACAGUAUGAACGUUCACUUCCAAUGCGUGAUCCAAGUCUGCCGUUACAAUUGCCCCGAACUGAAGUGCGGUCAUCCGGGCUUGGAAUAUGGAGCACCUGCUGCUCCGUUGUCUCAGGAUUACGGCACUCCGGCUCACCAAAGCGUGUCCUCCGAAUAUGGACAACCCCCGUUGCCGGAGUACAGUGUACCACCCGCUUAUCCCGAUCCCAGGCAUCCUAGUGGACCAGCUGGUGCUUUCAGCGAGCCCAACCCAGACGUGGUCCCAGCACCUCAAGCACAAACGUCGUCAUCGUCGCCAAGUUCGACGCCUGGCGAUGCGACCGCGAGUAGUUCACCUCAAAGUCCUCAUGAUAACAUUCAUCUCCCUCCACCUCCUCUGCCCGGUCAUCCAGUCGGAGCUUAUCAAACGGUUAAAAGAAAAGGCACGGCUGGCUCGGAGGAGCUCGAGGGUAACCUAGCCACCCUCGGAGGCCGACCGAGGUCGGUCGAAGGUUUUCCAGCAGAGCUUAGGGGAGCUCGAAGACGAAGGCACGAUCGUCUAGAGGAAGACGAUGACAGUUUCUACCAUACCGUCACUCUAGUCACGAAUCACGUGUACAAGCGAGCUGCCCAAGAGAUGACAGACGUGAACACGUCGAGAAUAAUUCAAGUGGUUGCGCCCGGUGACGUGAAUUUUGCACUGGGCACGACGAAUUCGAACAAUGACACCACAGUAGUAAUACAAAACGCUAGCGCCUCGACCGAUCCUGAAACGAUUUGUAUGAGUUUACCAGGCUUCGUUGGGGGUUUAGUGAUGUUGCUACUCGUUGUCGUCGUAGCCUCUCUCGUGGCUGCUUUCCUAUUCGUCAGGGUACGUUCCGUCGAUCGGAAGAACGUUGGCAUUGGAAGCACCUUCGUUCAUCCGGCAUACGCCACUGAAAAUUGUACCGUACCGAAUCCCGAGUUCAUCAAGGUCGCCAAUUGAGAAGAGGUGUUCUUGCGUCAGACCACUUAAGGACCUCGAAUAAGGACCUUUACGUUGGAAGGAGGGAACGUCGACGAUCCUAAAGGAAAGGACACCCUUGGGACCGCUCGUCGAGACGUUAUUUCGUUCACGACUCGAAAUUCAUCGAGGAUUCCUUCUCCUUAUUCUUUUUAUUUCUUUCUAUCCCUUUUCUUCUUCUCCCGUUUCUUCAUAUUCGUCGCUUAUCGAAUCGUUUCCCUCGAAAUCAGGAUUCCUAUCUAUUUCCUUCUUCUUCUCUCUUUCUCCUUCUCUCUUUGUCUUUCUCCUUUUUCUUCCUUUUCUAUUCCCGUACGAUCAAAUUCUCCGCAGAGAUAUCGGGAUACUUCGAGUAGACAUUCGGUCAUAUCGACUUUUCAAGUUGGAGGAAACUUUCUCGUUCGUAUCCUGACCAAAUUUCUCGUGUUAAUCGACGAAGAAAACGGAGAAUGGGAACGUCCUUUGGUUAAAGUUACACCUUAUGAGAAACUAAAGUUAAAUCAAACGUUUUCCAUUUAUCGACGUAUUCCUCAACGAAGAUCGAAGAUAUGCACUUUCUUUUUCUUUUUCUUUCCUUUUCUUUUUUCUUUCGUAUAGAUGAGAUAAUAGAUCGUUUUUACGAUCGGUCGAGUACGAAAGUAAUCGAGAUAGCGUUUAUCGCAGAGCGAGUCAUCUUCCACGUCAAGUGGUUAAUACACCUGCGAUUUUGCCAAUGAAUUUGUAAGAUCGCAAGAGUAUCGACUACUUUAGUUUUCGAAGGACAUUGUACAUAAUUCGCAGGCUAUCGGAUUGUCCUUCCAGACUUUCAAUUGAAAUUCGCACAAAAUCCUGCGCUUCCGACCAUCACCCGUGCACCCCUUAUUAUUUAUAUAUUCACUCACCCACUCACAUAUACACAUAUACACAUACAUAUACUUGAUGUUUCAUUUUAAAUCGAACGCCUAAUUGUUGCUCCUGAUUAGAGUAGUACGAAAGAAAAUGUGACUGAACGAAUUUGCAUCGUUCGAAGAGAGAAACGCUGUCAUGUAAAAUUGUAUUUUUUUUUCUGAGAUAAAUCUUUUUCCUUUCUCUUUCGAGAUAUCAAGAUCGUCGGUAUUCUUUUUGAUGGAAUAUA